CAAAUUAUGAUUUUUAAUUUUAAAAUCUUAGUGUAAAUUGUUAAGUGUUGUUAGUUCCUCUAGUAGGAAGGUCAGUGGGUUCAACUUUGUUUUGCAUUUUCUUUCUGAUUCAUUGACCUCAAGCUAAUCUCCCCCUGUGUGGUUUGUAUAUUUAUGUUUCUAGGAACAUUUGUCAUGGGCUGAAAUUGCAAUCAGAUGCACUUGUUCAGGUGGAACUCUGUCUGAAAAAUAGUGUAAAAAUGGAAUUAUGUAUAACUUACUGUUGUUACAUCAGUUCUGUGAACUUUAUUAAGUUUUUAUCUGGCUCAAAAAAAGACGUUAUGUGCUUGUUGGUUGUUCACUAUUUCCUAACUGUCUGUGAUGUAUGUGGGAUGGUCCUUGCAGCAUUGGAAGUAAUUCCAUAUUACUAAUGCCUAGUUUGGGCCCUGAUGACUAAAAAUAAAUGUCGCCAUACUUGGGGGCAGCUUAUUACUUAUUUAAUAAAAACUGACUGCAUUUCAGAUGCACUGGGUUUCUGUGAUUUGUAUUCACUCAGUUAAUUGCAAAAUUAAACUAUAUUUUCUGAUAUUUGUAACUGAUUUGACAGAGAAAGAUCAACUUUCUUUUGACAGUUAAAGUUUCUUUUGUCAGUUAAUGAGAACAUGUUAUAGACAUGGGCCAGGAUUAUGAAUGAAAAACAUGUGACCUUAAUAGUGGUUCAUCACCUUGAUUUUCAUAGAACACUGAAAAACUGCCUCUAUUGUCAGCAAUUCUUUGCCAUUACCAGUGUCACUUGAAAUUCAGGAUGCAAUUUAGCUGCAUGUACAUAUAUAUUUCAAACAGAUAGUGUCUUUGGUUGAAGCUGUACCAGGGACUAGUUGAUUUUGGUCCAAGACCUUGGAGUUUGGUAUUUUUGUGGUUAGGUUAUUUCAUGUCAGCCCAGUUUCCUGAAGAACCUCGGAAACUCAUUGCUGCAUACAGUUACAGACAUAGUGGGAGGCAGGUUCUUGGUAGAGGAAAGGGACGGAUUUUCUCUAGAACACCUACUAUCAUUAUCACUUACUAUCCACUAAGGAAACUGUGUGAAGUAUUCAUGGACCAGAUAACUCUAAGAAACCAUUGAGGUAGACACUCACAAAAGGUGUUCUGGAAAAACUUAUUUAUUAUUGGAACAAUAAUUUUGUAACAGGGAAUUUGAAUCACUAAAUGAUCACAAAGCAAUCCAUAUUAUUUUUUCAUAUCAGAAAAGAAAGAGAAUUAUUCCAUGUAUAAAUGAAGAUUCCAAAUUGAAUCAGUUGGAAAAAAAAAACAAAGAAGACUUCUCUUUUGAGCUGUUGGGAAUAAGACUGAUCAUGAGGUUCAUUGAGGAUUUAAAGUACAUGAAGAAUGAGUGAAGCUGACAGUGCUAGUAACAGUAGUAACCCCUCACCCGCAGAAAUCAAGAUGGCUGACAGUGGCGGCUCACGCACCAGCCCUGGGGAGAGUUCACCCCUGGAGGAAGAAAACAUCAAGAAGGAAGUGAUGGACAGAUUUGUGGCAGCUGAUAUGCAGUACAGGGAUGCAGUGGCCAGUCCCAGCACCUCCAGUGUUACCACAGUGUAUGAAAAUAUCCUCACUCCUACGACACCUGCGUCCACACAGGAUCCCACAGAGCAACAUGUGCAGUCACCGCAACCUGCAGGCACGCAGCACAUGCAGACAAAACAACAUCACCAACGGCAGAGGAGAUCUUCUAACGAGUUCUUUGGUCGCAAUGAACGCAUUCACAAUGAGCUUUUGGAUGAGAUCUGCAGUGACAUGGGCAUCAAAGACAGCAUGGAACUGGACUUUGCUGAUAUAGAGAUGGAUUUUAUCCAAGAUGAAUUUUCAUUUGCUCUUGGUGGUGAUCAGAUGGCAAGUUCAGAUAUUGCCCCUUCUACAAAACAAAGUAACCAGGGUAUGGGGAACAUUUUUGGGGCAUCAAGUAAUCAGUUUUCGCAAAGUCAGAGUUCAAGUAAAGGUCCAUUUGGGACAUAUGGCUCCACUUUGAGGUCAGCCUGUGGCCAAGGUCAAGGUCAUCCCAAUGCUUUGUCAUCAUGUAUGCAACAGCAACAGCAAUAUUCACAACAACGUCAGGGGAUUGUACCGUCCAAUCAAAACAGAGGAAAUCAAGGAGGAUUUCCACCCCCGCAAUAUCCAGUAGGAACAGGAGCACAAUCAUCCCCAAGACCGCCUAGUUCUUGUAUGGGUUCCUCCGUGAAAUCAGAACCUUUUUCCCCAGGGAAGCACAGUCGGAGCAUGGACAGCAUUAAAACAGGGGUGGAGACCCAGUCAGAUCAUGGCUAUUCAUCAUGUGACUUAAACAGCAUGAGCAGUCGUUGCUCAUCUGCUGUGACAUUCUCAAAUCAUUACGGGAGUAUGGAGAGCUUACAUACCGUCUCCAGUAGGGGGCAUCCUGGUAGUUCGUACUCUUCUGGUAGUAGUAGUUGCAUGGAGAAUAGGUCAUCAUGUGCUCAUGCAACUGCUGGCUCAAAGAGCUCCUUGGCUUCUCAGUGUUCGUGUGAAAGUCCCACAUAUCACGGCAGUCACCAGUGUCGUGUGCACACACCCACUAGAGAUCAGCAGAUGAUGCCACCUCCUAAUCUGAUUCCAUCGCAAAAGGCAGUCCCUCCUCCGCCAUAUUCUGCAACCAAGAUGCAGCCACAACAACAGAACAUUCCACCGAUGUCUCCUGGCGGGCAAGUGUACAAUGUAAUGACCUCCACGCCGCAGUCAUUAUCAACAUCACAGUUUUUGGAUUUACCAGAGAAGACGUCGCAGCCAUUUGUAUCUGGUAACCCUGCUAAUCAGGACCCUGGGUAUACUGGUGAUGUUAAACCCCCUGGGUAUGCCCCCCAAGGUGGCGUAUAUCCUGGUAAACAUCAUCAUAAAAUGAUGCCCAAGUCAUCCAGAGCUGAGUACACGCCGUAUUCUACCACCCCUCCCCCUCUUGCCCAGCCAAACAGUAUGUAUGGCCAGAACGGUAAUGGAAGGAGGUCAUCGUUGAGUUACGAUAAGAUGACUUUUGAUGGAACCUUAGAGUUUCAGAUUGCCACUGGGCUGGCUGGAAAACUGGGCGUUCCCCAGGGAGAGCAGUACCCCAGGGGAGAGACGCAGCACCCUGGCAUGGCAGGUAGCACCCCCUAUAACAUACAACAGCAGAAAAUUAAACAAAAUGCAAAGACUGUGCACUGGGGUGCUGCUGACACUAACACCCAGCAGCAGAGUGGCUACAACAUGGAGCAGGAUAUGACUGGAUAUCAAAACAGGCAAAACUUGGCCUGUGCUUCGAAUCUCAAUAUGGCCUCUCCUGCCAUGCAGGGACAGGGCCACCAGAUGCAAGCCCCAUAUCAACAACAACAACAGCAGAGACAUUUAAAUCAGGUUCCUCCCUUAAUCCCAGCAGGACAGUAUAACAGUAACAACUCUACAGUGCGGGCACAGGGAGCUGGGGCGGUACCACCACCACCACCACCGUCUCAAGGGUACCAACAUCACCAUGGUCCACAGGGUACUGGUGGCAUGCCCCAUCAAGGGUACCAUACCCCUCAAGGUUACCCUGCCUCACAAAAUGGAAGUGGCGCUGUUCCACAAGGGUACCCUGCGGCUCCACAAAGUGUUGCAGGGAAUCCCCAGGGUUACCAGGCGUCACAGGUGAAUGUUCCACAGGGAUAUCUUGGGUCACAAAAUGGUGUUGGUACCCAGCAAGGGUACCAUGCCGGACCACAGGCAGGAGCUGGCACCCUUCAGGGGUACCCUGGGUCACAAGGUUCAGGUAACUCAAUUCAAGGAUACCCUGGUUCUCAGAAUGGAGGGGUACCUGCUCAUAUGCAGCAGGGUCUGAGUGUUACUAUCCCAGAGCAGUUCCAGAGCGCCAGUUUCAUGGGGUAUCGUGACUCUCAAAAUAAUAACAUGGAAGACCAGUUCAGUAGUCCCAGUUUUACAAGUUACAGAGAUUCCCAUCGCCAGGGACCGCCGCCGCCACAACAACAACAUCAGAUGAUGGGACCUCAUGAUAUGGCAGCGCAGCAAUUUCCAAAUCUGCCGCAUAGUACGCCAGCACAACAUGGCUUCAUGCAACGAAUCGUGAAUGAUAAAUCUAGUGCCUUCCGCUCCCACCCACUCUUCCCAUUGUUACGGGAUCUUAUCAUAGCAGACAUGAACUUUGACAAUCCCACGUUUCCAUAUCAACUCAUAUCUAGCCUGCCUGUGGAGUUUGAUAGGCUGUUACAGAAUUAUAUACAGAGAACGCCACCUAGUGGACAAUAUCAGAGUAACAAUGCAGUGGACAGUGUGUUGAUGGAUGCUCUCAGAUAUGCUCACAGCUCUCUCAUAGAAAAAAUCCAGAAGAGGAAGGAAGAAGAUGAGCGGUUGAAAAAGAGUCGUCCACUCACUGCCAUUGAAGAAUUUUGCAAUAAGUUUGACCAAUCUGUCAGGGAUACCAUGGGCAAGGACAAAGAUGGAAACCCAGUUUGCCUGCCUCUUGUGGAUUCCACUCAGCAUGGUCUAGAAGCUGCAGCCCACAGUGGCCAUCUGAAGAAAGAAAUGACAGAGGGAGCCACUUCAUCUGGUGUCUCAAAUUCUGGAACGACUGUCCGGAAGCAUCCAGUGCUUCCAAAAGAGGCUGUUAAUAUAAUGUUAGAGUGGCUAAGAGAGCAUCAGCACAAGCCUUACCCAACGGAUGAGGAAAAAGACAUGUUAGUGCGUAAAACACGCCUGACAAUCAACCAGAUCAAUUACUGGUUUGUUAAUGCUAGGCGGAGAAUUUUACCUAAGUGGAAUCAACAGCAACAACAAAAAGCGGCUGCUGCCGCGGCGCAAGCUGCAGCCCAGGCUGGUACACAGGAAAACAAGCAUGGCGCCCCCCCUAGUGCAACUGCAGCAAAUUUUCAGGCACAGCAGGCACAGAAGUCAUCUUGAUAGAAUUUGAAGGAAGAGUGGGCUAUAUUUCUGUAUGAGUGAUGAUAUAAGUUAAGAUGUCCCAGUUACUAUUUUAUUAUUUUAGGCAGAUAUAUCUAUAUUCUUAUUGUGCAAGGCAUGAAGAGAAAGUAUGUUCUUAGGGUCACAAAUGACUGGAAUGAAAGUAAAUAAUCAACAGAUCUUUUUAUCAGUGUUUUCCUAUUUUCAAAUCCCUUCUUUGAAGGAAAAAGAGAAAAUUUAGUUUUGAAAUCAUAAGUUUUUAAAUUAGACAUAAAGAUACAUACACAGAUAUAUAUAUAUUUAGGAAUUGUUCUUAUAUUUUAAGAUCGAAAGAAAAGUGCCAUAAGGAUUAUCCCUCCUUUUUCCAUUGGAUUGUUUAAAGGAUCUUGUUCCCCCUUCCCCCCUGAAUGGAAAGGUUUUUUAACUUGUCUCGAGAAUUCUAUGCAAAUUUGUGUUGUCUCAGAACUGGAUGAAGACAAGGGGACCGUUCACAUGAAAAAUUUAUUUUCUAAAAAUCUAUUUGCGGUAUCUUGUGAUCACGGU